ACCAUUAACCAAUUUUUUAGUGUCAUAAUUUCUCGAAAAUUCUCUAGUGAAGUCUUGAUUGUUUGUUCAAGUUUUCGUAUUCAAUUUUAAUCUAAGAUGGCAUCUAAACGUAUAGCUCAAUCUUCUGUGAAUUGGGCUGCAAUUGCUGAACGAGUUCCAGAAGCUGACAAAGCGUCUUACUUGGCGUUCAAAGCCAAGUCCGAUGGAUAUCUUCGCAAAAUGUUGGCCUCUCCAGCUGAACCAUUAAAAAUUGAUUGGGCAGCAUAUAAAAAUAAAGUGGCCGUGCCUGGGUUGGUCGACAAUUUUGAGAAAAUGUACAAUGCAAUUAAAAUCCCUUAUCCUGAGGAUAAGUACACUCCAGCUAUUGAUAAACAUGAAAAGGAAAUUAUGAAGGGUAUUGAAGAAUUCAAAGUUGAAUCGUCAGUGAUAAUCAAAGAAGCUGAAAAAAGGAUUGCUGAAAUUAACAGUUUGCUGCCAUUUGGCCAAAUGACCUUUGAAGAUGCUGCUUAUAUUCAACCGGAAUUAACAUUGGAUUUGCAGAACAAACCAUCCUUCUGGCCUCAUCAAGAUAUUGAUUACGUGUUUGAUGAACCAGAAGCAGAAAGUCCACAAAUUGAAGAACAAAAAAAAAUUGAUGCAGCUCAUUAAAUAAAAAAAAUGAUUCAUAGUUUUCAGUUAUAAUUUUACAUCAUGGUUUUUCCCAUAAACACUUAGAAACAUAUUUAUGGUUAAAAUUUUAGAUUUUUUWAAUAUUUUAUUCAGAAUUCUAUUAUACMUUAAUUUUGUAAGAACUUAAGUAUAAUAACAUCACUUUAUACUGUAUAACACCGCUGAAUAAAUUAUAUAAAAAAAAACAUAUUUUAUUUA